UCCCACUUUAAUUGAAAUUCAGCUUGCUGUAACACCUCCUUUCUCCUGGCCAACUGGAUCUCUCCAUUCACAUGAGGGAGAAGAACAAAACCGAGAAGGCCCCAGGGAUUAGAGAGUUUUGACAGCUGUCCAAGAGGAGCACGGAGAUACGGGCCAAGUACGGAGGCAGGACAGAGACAAACGAGGGACAAGAGAGUGACCGAGGGAGGGAGAGAUAGGCAGGGAGACAUCACAGGAGCAUUAAACUGGACAAAGAGUCACAGAGACAGGCGGAGAUGUUUAAAGGGGCGCUGAAAAGGGGAAAAGGACGAGAAAAGACAAAAAGGAGAGAAACUGUGGCGAGCUGGUGAGGAAAAUGUGAGAGGCUCAGGAGGGCAGGGAGACAGAAGAGAGUUCAUCAGGAAGGAGGGGAAGAAAGGCCGGCCUCUAGGGACAGGUCAGUCCAGCUUGGGGACCGAUCUGAAGAUCCGGAGAAGGCGGGCGGGCAGCCUGGUGUUCCCCUCAUACACCUGGGAGUGGAGUGGGCGGAGGAGGUGGCCGCGGGGCCGGGUGGAGCACCGGCGUCGCGAGCGUAGAAGCUGAGCGCGCAGCGCCCGGGCCGUAGAGCCCCCGGACUAGCCUGGCUUGCGCCCUGCAGCCCCGGGCUCGCCCGGCGGCCCCGCCCCCUCCUCCGCCCGGGCUUUUCCUGCCGAGCUCAGGAAGCCGGCCUAGCACAGCCUCGAACAAUAGCUCGGGACUCAGGCUUCGCUCCCUGGGAGGCCGGCGCGGGGAAGCUGGGACAGGGGGCGUCGGCGCCGCCGGGGGCCCGCAGCGAGCCCUCGGCCCGGGCCAGAGCUUCAGUUCAGCUCGGCGCUCCAGGGGUCAUUGUUGGCCGGGACUGAGGGAGCGGGAGCCGGGGAAGGAGCUGGGGAGGCGGCGGCGGCGGCGGCGGCGGCGGGAGCCAGAGGGGGAGCCAGAGAGCGAGCGAGCGAGCGAAGGAGGGAGGUAGCGAGUGAGCGAGUGAGCGAGGGAGGGAGGAGGUAGAGAGACAGGGAGGGUGGGAGGGAGGAGGAAAAAUAAAGAGGAGAGAGCGGAGCAGGGCUGAACAAUAGAGACAGGCAGACGGGCGAGCAGGAGAGCCAGCUGCCGCUGCUGGGGGACAGCGGGCGCCCAGGCAGCCCGCACCUCGGCCUCGGUUCCCGGCCCCAGCCAGACAGCAGGCGGCCAGCGCCCUGGGGAAGGGGUACCAUGGGGGAGCUGGCGGCAGGCACCCCUAGCCCGCCGCGCGCCUCCGCCUGAGGGAGGCUCGGCGUUCUCUGCCCCAGCCUCACUGCCCAGCGCCCGCCCUCGAAGCCCCGCGGCCGCCAGCUCUGCGGCCGCGGCCGCUGCGCCCCGCGCCCUCCGCCCAUCGGGCGCCUAGCAGCCCUCGGCCCCAGGCUUCUCCGGCCCCCGGCUGCCCUCAGACGCCCUCCCACAGUCAUGAACCCCCCUGAGGGAGCAGCAGAGGAAGGAGGAGCAGCCGACUCGGACGUGGACGCCUUUUUCCGGACAGGGUCUUUUCGGAAUGAUGGUUUGAAAGCUUCUGAUGUCCUUCCUAUCCUAAAGGAAAAAGUGGCCUUCGUGUCUGGGGGUCGUGAUAAGCGAGGCGGACCCAUCCUGACCUUCCCUGCUCGCAGCAAUCAUGACAGAAUAAGACAGGAAGACCUGCGGAAACUAGUGACGUAUUUGGCCAGUGUGCCAAGUGAGGACGUGUGCAAACGUGGCUUCACUGUCAUCAUCGACAUGCGGGGCUCCAAGUGGGACCUCAUCAAGCCCCUCCUCAAAACGCUGCAGGAAGCCUUUCCAGCUGAGAUCCAUGUGGCCCUCAUCAUUAAACCCGACAACUUCUGGCAGAAACAGAAGACCAACUUUGGCAGCUCUAAAUUCAUCUUUGAGACGAGCAUGGUAUCUGUGGAGGGCCUCACGAAACUGGUGGACCCCUCCCAGCUGACAGAGGAGUUUGACGGCUCCCUGGACUAUAACCACGAGGAGUGGAUCGAACUGCGGCUCUCCCUGGAGGAGUUCUUCAACAGCGCCGUGCACCUGCUCUCACGCCUCGAGGACCUCCAGGAGAUGCUAGCCCGGAAGGAGUUUCCCGUGGAUGUGGAGGGCUCUCGGCGGCUUAUUGAUGAGCAUACACAGCUCAAGAAAAAGGUGCUGAAGGCCCCUGUGGAGGAGCUGGACCGAGAGGGGCAGCGGCUGCUGCAGUGCAUCCGCUGCAGCGACGGCUUCUCAGGACGCAACUGCAUCCCGGGCAGUGCUGACUUCCAGAGCCUGGUGCCCAAGAUCACCAGCCUCCUGGACAAACUGCACUCCACCCGGCAGCACCUGCACCAGAUGUGGCACGUGCGCAAGCUCAAGCUGGACCAGUGCUUUCAACUGCGGCUCUUUGAGCAGGAUGCUGAGAAGAUGUUCGACUGGAUAAGCCACAACAAGGAGUUAUUCCUACAGAGCCACACGGAGAUCGGAGUCAGCUACCAGUACGCCCUCGACCUCCAGACGCAGCACAAUCACUUUGCCAUGAACUCUAUGAACGCCUACGUCAACAUCAACCGCAUCAUGUCCGUGGCUUCCCGCCUCUCUGAGGCCGGCCACUAUGCCUCACAGCAAAUCAAGCAGAUCUCCACCCAGCUGGACCAGGAGUGGAAGAGCUUCGCCGCUGCCCUGGAUGAACGCAGCACCAUUCUCGCCAUGUCUGCUGUGUUCCACCAGAAGGCUGAGCAGUUCCUGUCGGGAGUGGACGCCUGGUGCAAGAUGUGCAGCGAAGGUGGUCUUCCGUCCGAGAUGCAGGACCUAGAGCUGGCAAUCCACCACCACCAGACCUUGUAUGAGCAGGUGACCCAAGCCUACACAGAGGUCAGCCAGGAUGGCAAAGCACUGCUAGAUGUGCUGCAGCGGCCCCUGAGCCCUGGGAACUCAGAAUCCCUCACGGCCACAGCCAACUACUCCAAGGCAGUGCACCAAGUGCUGGACGUGGUGCACGAGGUGUUACAUCACCAGCGACGGCUGGAGAGCAUCUGGCAGCACCGCAAGGUGCGGCUCCACCAGCGGCUGCAGCUCUGUGUCUUCCAGCAGGACGUGCAGCAGGUGUUGGACUGGAUUGAAAACCAUGGUGAGGCCUUUCUCAGCAAACACACUGGAGUUGGAAAGUCCCUACAUCGAGCCCGGGCCCUGCAGAAGAGGCAUGAUGACUUUGAAGAGGUGGCUCAGAAUACGUACACCAAUGCGGACAAGCUCCUAGAAGCAGCGGAGCAGUUGGCUCAGACGGGGGAAUGUGACCCGGAGGAGAUCUACAAGGCAGCUCGACACCUGGAGGUGCGCAUCCAAGACUUUGUGCGCAGGGUGGAGCAGCGGAAGCUUCUCCUGGACAUGUCUGUCUCCUUCCACACACACACUAAAGAGUUGUGGACAUGGAUGGAAGACCUUCAGAAGGAGAUGUUGGAGGAUGUCUGUGCAGACUCUGUGGAUGCAGUCCAGGAACUGAUCAAGCAGUUCCAGCAGCAGCAGACCGCCACUCUAGAUGCCACGCUCAAUGUCAUCAAGGAAGGCGAAGACCUUAUCCAGCAGCUCAGGUCAGCGCCUCCCUCCCUGGGGGAGCCCAGCGAGGCCAGGGACUCAGCUGUGUCCAACAACAAAACACCCCACAGCAGUUCCAUCAGCCACAUCGAGUCGGUCCUGCAGCAGCUUGAUGAUGCCCAGGUGCAGAUGGAGGAGCUGUUCCAUGAGCGGAAGAUCAAGCUGGACAUCUUCCUGCAACUGCGCAUCUUUGAGCAGUACACCAUCGAGGUGACAGCAGAGCUAGACGCCUGGAAUGAAGACUUGCUUCGGCAGAUGAAUGACUUCAACACAGAAGACCUAACCCUGGCAGAACAGCGGCUGCAGCGCCACACAGAACGGAAGCUAGCCAUGAACAACAUGACUUUUGAGGUCAUCCAGCAGGGACAGGAUCUGCACCAGUACAUCAUGGAGGUCCAGGCAUCAGGAAUUGAGUUGAUCUGUGAAAAAGACAUUGAUUUGGCAGCCCAGGUGCAAGAGUUAUUGGAAUUUCUCCAUGAGAAGCAGCAUGAAUUGGAGCUCAAUGCGGAGCAGACUCAUAAACGGCUAGAGCAGUGCCUCCAAUUACGGCACCUCCAGGCUGAAGUCAAACAGGUCCUGGGAUGGAUCCGCAAUGGAGAGUCAAUGCUCAACGCCAGCCUGGUCAAUGCCAGCUCUUUGUCCGAAGCAGAGCAGCUGCAGCGGGAGCACGAGCAGUUCCAGCUGGCCAUCGAGUCCCUCUUUCAUGCCACUUCCUUGCAGAAGACGCACCAGAGCGCCCUGCAGGUACAGCAGAAAGCCGAGGUGCUGCUCCAGGCCGGCCACUACGAUGCCGAUGCCAUCCGGGAAUGUGCUGAGAAGGUGGCUCUCCACUGGCAGCAGCUCAUGCUGAAGAUGGAAGACCGGCUAAAACUGGUCAAUGCCUCUGUGGCCUUUUACAAAACUUCUGAACAGGUAUGUAGUGUCCUGGAGAGCUUAGAGCAAGAAUACCGGAGAGAUGAGGACUGGUGUGGUGGACGAGAUAAGCUGGGGCCAGCGGCAGAGAUCGACCAUGUCAUUCCACUCAUCAGCAAACAUCUGGAACAAAAGGAGGCCUUUCUUAAGGCAUGCACCCUGGCUCGGCGGAAUGCUGAGGUGUUUCUCAAGUACAUCCACAGGAACAACGUCAGCAUGCCCAGUGUCGCCAGCCACACUCGGGGACCCGAGCAACAAGUGAAAGCCAUCCUGAGUGAGCUCCUGCAGAGGGAGAAUCGUGUGCUGCAUUUCUGGACCUUGAAGAAGCGGCGGUUAGACCAGUGCCAGCAAUAUGUGGUGUUCGAGCGCAGCGCUAAGCAGGCGCUUGACUGGAUCCAAGAAACAGGUGAAUUUUACCUCUCAACACAUACCUCCACUGGAGAGACCACAGAGGAGACUCAGGAACUGCUGAAAGAAUAUGGGGAAUUCAGGGUGCCUGCCAAGCAAACAAAGGAGAAGGUGAAGCUUCUGAUUCAGCUGGCCGAUAGCUUUGUGGAAAAAGGCCACAUUCAUGCCACGGAGAUAAGGAAAUGGGUGACCACGGUGGACAAGCACUACAGAGAUUUCUCCCUGAGGAUGGGGAAGUACCGGUACUCCCUGGAGAAAGCCCUAGGAGUCAACACAGAGGAUAAUAAGGACCUGGAGCUGGAUAUUAUCCCAGCAAGCCUUUCGGAUCGGGAGGUCAAGCUGCGGGACGCCAACCACGAAGUCAAUGAAGAGAAGCGGAAGUCAGCCCGGAAGAAAGAAUUUAUUAUGGCUGAACUACUCCAGACAGAGAAGGCUUAUGUAAGGGAUUUACAUGAGUGCUUAGAGACCUACCUGUGGGAAAUGACCAGUGGUGUGGAGGAGAUCCCCCCUGGGAUCCUCAAUAAAGAGCAUAUCAUCUUUGGCAACAUCCAAGAGAUCUACGAUUUCCAUAACAACAUCUUCCUCAAAGAGCUGGAGAAGUACGAGCAACUGCCUGAGGAUGUGGGACACUGCUUUGUUACCUGGGCAGACAAAUUUCAGAUGUAUGUCACCUACUGUAAAAACAAGCCUGAUUCCAACCAGCUUAUCCUGGAGCAUGCGGGCACCUUCUUUGAUGAGAUACAGCAACGGCAUGGUCUGGCCAAUUCCAUCUCUUCCUACCUAAUUAAGCCUGUCCAAAGGAUCACCAAAUAUCAACUUCUCCUGAAGGAACUUUUGACUUGCUGUGAAGAAGGGAAAGGGGAGCUCAAGGAUGGCCUGGAAGUGAUGCUCAGUGUCCCAAAGAAAGCCAAUGAUGCCAUGCAUGUCAGCAUGCUGGAAGGGUUCGACGAGAACCUGGAUGUGCAGGGGGAGUUGAUUCUCCAGGAUGCCUUUCAAGUGUGGGACCCGAAGUCGCUGAUCCGGAAGGGGCGGGAGCGGCACUUGUUCCUCUUUGAGAUCUCCUUGGUUUUUAGCAAGGAAAUCAAAGACUCUUCAGGACACACGAAAUAUGUUUACAAGAACAAGCUACUGACCUCAGAGCUGGGUGUGACCGAGCACGUGGAGGGCGAUCCCUGCAAAUUCGCCUUGUGGUCUGGGCGCACUCCAUCCUCAGACAAUAAAACAGUGCUGAAAGCCUCCAACAUCGAAACCAAGCAGGAGUGGAUCAAGAACAUUCGAGAAGUGAUUCAAGAAAGGAUCAUUCACCUGAAAGGAGCUUUAAAGGAGCCACUUCAGCUCCCCAAAACACCAGCCAAACAGAGGAACAAUAGUAAGAGGGAUGGAGUGGAGGAUAUUGACAGCCAGGGAGAUGGGAGCAGCCAACCAGACACCAUCUCCAUUGCUUCUAGGACCUCUCAGAACACAGUGGACAGUGACAAGCUCUCCGGCGGAUGUGAGCUGACAGUAGUCCUCCAGGACUUCAGUGCGGGCCACAGCAGCGAGCUGACCAUCCAGGUGGGGCAGACGGUGGAGCUGCUGGAGCGGCCCAGCGAGCGGCCUGGUUGGUGUCUGGUCCGCACCACGGAACGGAGCCCGCCCCUGGAGGGCCUGGUCCCCAGCAGCGCCCUGUGCAUCUCACACUCCCGAAGCAGCGUGGAGAUGGACUGCUUCUUCCCCUUGGUGAAAGAUGCAUACUCUCAUUCCUCAAGUGAGAAUGGAGGCAAGUCCGAGUCUGUGGCCAACCUGCAGGCCCAGCCCUCCCUGAACUCCAUCCACAGUUCCCCGGGUCCCAAGCGCUCCACCAACACCCUUAAGAAGUGGCUGACGAGUCCUGUGCGUCGGCUCAACAGCGGGAAAGCAGAUGGAAACAUCAAAAAGCAGAAGAAAGUUCGGGAUGGUCGGAAGAGCUUCGACCUGGGAUCUCCCAAGCCUGGGGAUGAGACAACACCUCAGGGUGACAGCGCUGAUGAGAAGAGCAAGAAAGGUUGGGGUGAAGAUGAGCCGGAUGAAGAGUCACACACACCCCUCCCACCGCCUAUGAAGAUUUUUGACAACGACCCUACACAGGAUGAAAUGUCCUCCUCUUUGCUAGCAGCCCGGCAGGCUUCCACUGAAGUACCUACUGCUGCAGACCUUGUCAGUGCAAUAGAAAAGUUGGUCAAAAACAAGCUGAGUCUAGAAGGAGGCUCAUACCGGGGGAGCUUGAAAGACCCUGCGGGCUGCCUGAAUGAGGGGAUGGCCCCACCCACACCUCCUAGAAACCCAGAAGAAGAACAGAAAGCCAAGGCCCUGAGAGGCAGGAUGUUUGUCCUGAAUGAGCUGGUACAGACAGAGAAAGACUAUGUCAAGGAUCUGGGGAUUGUGGUGGAGGGCUUCAUGAAGAGAAUAGAAGAAAAGGGUGUCCCUGAGGAUAUGCGAGGAAAGGACAAAAUCGUGUUUGGAAAUAUUCAUCAGAUUUAUGACUGGCAUAAGGAUUUUUUCCUGGCGGAACUGGAAAAGUGUAUCCAGGAGCAAGACAGAUUGGCACAGCUCUUUAUUAAGCAUGAACGGAAACUACAUAUCUACGUGUGGUAUUGUCAGAAUAAGCCGCGCUCAGAGUACAUCGUUGCUGAGUAUGACACCUACUUUGAGGAGGUAAAACAGGAGAUAAAUCAGAGGCUGACACUGAGUGACUUCCUCAUCAAGCCCAUUCAGAGAAUAACAAAAUACCAGUUGCUCCUCAAGGACUUCCUGAGAUACAGUGAGAAGGCUGGUUUGGAGUGCUCAGAUAUCGAGAAAGCAGUGGAGUUAAUGUGCCUUGUUCCCAAACGUUGCAAUGACAUGAUGAAUCUAGGACGUCUGCAGGGCUUCGAGGGCACCCUGACUGCUCAGGGGAAGCUGCUACAGCAGGACACAUUCUAUGUGAUUGAGCUGGAUGCAGGCAUGCAGUCCCGGACCAAAGAGAGGCGCGUGUUCCUCUUCGAGCAGAUUGUCAUCUUCAGUGAACUGCUCAGGAAGGGAUCCCUCACCCCUGGCUACAUGUUCAAAAGGAGUAUCAAGAUGAAUUACUUGGUCCUGGAGGAGAAUGUGGACAAUGAUCCCUGCAAGUUUGCACUCAUGAACCGAGAGACUUCUGAGAGGGUCAUUCUGCAAGCUGCCAACGCUGACAUCCAGCAGGCCUGGGUGCAGGACAUCAAUCAAGUCUUAGAAACACAGCGAGACUUUUUGAAUGCACUGCAAUCGCCCAUUGAGUAUCAGCGGAAAGAAAGGAGCACAGCUGUGAUGAGGUCUCAACCUGCCAGGCUUCCCCAAGCCAGCCCCAGGCCCUACUCCUCUGUUCCUGUGGGCUCAGAGAAGCCCCCAAAGGGCUCCAGCUAUAACCCACCUCUGCCUCCCCUGAAGAUAUCUACCUCCAAUGGCAGUCCAGGGUUUGAAUACCACCAGUCUGGGGACAAGUUCGAAGCCAGCAAGCAGAACGACCUGGGAGGCUGCAAUGGGACCUCGUCCAUGGCCGUGAUCAAAGAUUACUAUGCACUGAAGGAGAAUGAAAUCUGUGUGAGCCAAGGUGAGGUGGUCCAGGUCCUCGCCAUCAACCAGCAGAACAUGUGUCUGGUGUACCAGCCUGCCAGCGACCAUUCCCCCGCCGCCGAGGGCUGGGUCCCGGGCAGCAUCCUGGCGCCCCUCACCAAAGCCACAGCAGCAGAAAGUAGUGACGGGAGCAUCAAGAAGUCAUGUUCAUGGCAUACUCUACGCAUGAGAAAGCGGGCGGAAGUGGAGAACACGGGUAAAAAUGAAGCCACAGGGUCUCGUAAACCCAAGGAUAUUCUGGGCAACAAAGUCUCUGUUAAAGAGACGAACAGUUCCGAGGAAUCAGAGUGUGAUGAUCUUGACCCUAAUACUAGCAUGGAGAUCUUAAAUCCAAAUUUCAUCCAAGAAGUGGCCCCAGAAUUCCUUGUGCCCUUGGUGGAUGUCACCUGCUUGCUUGGGGACACAGUGGUACUGCAGUGCAAAGUCUGUGGGCGGCCAAAGCCCACCAUCACUUGGAAGGGUCCAGACCAGAACAUCCUUGACACUGACAACAGCUCAGCCACAUACACCGUCUCCUCUUGUGAUUCUGGAGAAAUCACCCUGAAGAUCUGUAAUCUGAUGCCCCAAGACAGCGGGAUUUAUACCUGCAUAGCAACAAAUGACCACGGGACCACAUCGACGUCCGCAACAGUCAAAGUGCAAGGUGUUCCAGCAGCCCCUAACCGCCCCAUUGCCCAGGAGAGAAGCUGCACCUCCGUGAUUCUCCGUUGGCUGCCCCCGUCUAGCACAGGAAACUGCACUAUUUCCGGUUACACUGUGGAGUACAGAGAGGAAGGUUCUCAGAUCUGGCAGCAGUCGGUGGCUUCGACCUUGGACACUUACCUCGUCAUCGAAGACCUUAGUCCUGGGUGUCCUUAUCAGUUCAGAGUCAGUGCCAGUAACCCCUGGGGAAUCAGCCUUCCCAGCGAGCCCUCGGAGUUUGUGCGACUUCCAGAAUAUGAUGCUGCUGCUGAUGGUGCCACCAUUUCUUGGAAGGAAAAUUUUGACUCAGCUUACACUGAGUUGAAUGAGAUUGGAAGAGGCCGUUUCUCUAUAGUAAAGAAAUGCAUUCACAAAGCUACCCGCAAAGAUGUGGCUGUGAAAUUUGUUAGUAAAAAAAUGAAGAAGAAAGAACAGGCUGCCCACGAGGCUGCCCUGCUUCAGCACCUACAGCACCCUCAGUACAUCACUCUCCAUGACACCUAUGAGUCCCCCACGUCCUACAUCCUGAUCUUGGAACUGAUGGAUGAUGGCCGCCUCUUAGACUACCUUAUGAAUCAUGAUGAACUGAUGGAGGAAAAAGUAGCUUUCUAUAUUCGAGACAUCAUGGAGGCUCUGCAGUACCUUCACAACUGCAGGGUUGCACAUUUGGACAUAAAGCCUGAAAACCUGCUCAUUGACCUACGCAUUCCAGUGCCUCGAGUGAAGCUCAUCGACUUGGAGGAUGCUGUCCAGAUUUCGGGUCACUUUCACAUUCACCACCUGCUGGGGAACCCUGAGUUUGCUGCCCCAGAAGUCAUCCAGGGCAUCCCCGUCUCCCUGGGGACAGACAUCUGGAGCAUCGGGGUUCUGACAUAUGUCAUGCUGAGUGGGGUCUCCCCCUUCUUGGAUGAGAGCAAAGAGGAGACAUGUAUCAAUGUAUGCAGGGUGGAUUUCAGCUUCCCCCAUGAAUACUUCUGUGGUGUGAGCAACGCUGCCAGAGAUUUCAUCAAUGUGAUCUUACAGGAGGACUUUCGGAGGCGGCCCACGGCAGCCACAUGCUUACAGCAUCCAUGGCUGCAGCCCCAUAAUGGCAGCUACUCUAAGAUCCCCCUGGACACCUCCCGCCUAGCAUGCUUCAUAGAACGCCGCAAACACCAGAAUGAUGUGCGGCCUAUUCCCAAUGUCAAGAGCUACAUUGUCAACCGGGUGAACCAAGGGACGUAGCCACCUCCCAGCCCCUAUGGUUUCACAUAGAAGUGCAGUGUGAACCAAAGCAAGACUGAAUGUGAUUGUAAAUAAUUCUGUUCAUCAUUUCACUCCAUGCAGUUCUCUGAAUUGAGAGAUGUACCUCUUAAACCUCAUCAGUGGUUAUUCAGGGUCUGAGCAGCAGUAAAAGUCACCCUAAAUCCAGGGGCUUUCCAGAAGGUCAUUCUGAAGAAAUAAAGAGGCAAAGAGUCACAGAAGUGUUCAGAAGAAGGACAAAGAUGAGAACAAUAUUGGCUGUUAUGAAAUUUUAACUGUAUCUUCCAAAACGAGUGGUUAACUGGGCAAACCUUAAGCUCACAAGAGUGUAAAAGUUCUCUGGCUUUGCUGAAAUUUUAAGCAAAAAGUUCUAUUUAAUGGAGAUGUCAUGUAUAUCAACUAUUCUGGUUUAGAUAACUUAGAUAUAGUUUCUUAAUAGGAUAGAUAUACACAUACAGUAUAAUAUAUCCCAUUCAGGUUUCAGAGUUUUCUAAUAUAGAGAUAUAUAUAUAUUAAAUCAAACACAAGUAACUUUGAGUGCUCCAGUUAAGACAGUAAUUUAUUUACCGAAGCAUUACAUUGUUUUGACUAAGCACAAUUAGAUGACAAGUUUUGUAGAGCAUUUUAUAAAUCUUGUAUAGAAAUCUUUUACCAGAACCUGUGCAUUAAGAGAAAGCAAUGUUGCCCUUUUGAAUGAGAUAAUUUUUUCUGUCAAUCACAGGUUAUUUGAUUAAGAUAGGUUCUUUCUGUAUAUGAAAUGCUACCCGCAAAUUCACUGGCAGCUCAGAGUUAAUCUGGCAAGAAAGCCUGCCAGGAAAUAAGUUCAAAUACACUAUGAGCUGCAGGGGUAUUUUUGUGUCUCCACCAGGUUUGAAAUAAAUAAACAAAUAUAAGAGGUUCAUACAAAAGGGCAAAUGAAAACCUUUCCUACAGUUCCUGUGAACAACGUACCAACACUUUCUGAUUUCUUCUACGGCUGUAGAAUACCAUCUUUCAGAAAGUUGGCUGACUUUAUUUCUGACUCCUUAUUGAAUCUAAGGGGUGCUUACUAAAAGGAGGCAGCCAUAUAGGCCUUUUAAAGGCCUGGUCCUAAGUCCUUUUUAAAGCCAUGGAACAAAACCUGAUACAUCACCCUAACAGAGCAUUAAGUUGUAACUGAGAUUGCAAUACCUGUCACCACUCAGCCGCUGAUAGUUCUCUGAACCAAAAGGACUAAUUGUGCUUUGAGGCCAAUCCUGCUUUCUGGUGUAUAUUCUCCAUACAAGAUUAUUAUUAACUGCUCUUUUUCCCUCUGGUGGAAAAAAAAAAUUAAACCUGGGCAUUUCGUGGGUUUUCUUUCUUUAUUGUUUUUCGUUUGUUUUGGAGGGAGGGAGUUUGUUUUUUGUGUUUGUACAUGAUCCACCCUUAGUUUUCUAGAAUAUGUGUUGAAAAUUGUUAUUAUGCAAGUAAGAUUUUAAAAAUGUAACUCAAGUGUUUGUUCAAAUCAGGUUUAAUGGCAUUGCUUCUCUCUUAUAAUGGGAUAGAGAAAAUUAAAAUCACACAGUACAGAAGUGCAAGAAGAGAAUUUAUGAAGGAUGAAUAGAACUACAAACCUAUCUAAAUGAAAAACAAAUGGUGGAAACUAAGCCUGAACUUUGCAUAUAAAAAGCAUUAUUCCCACAGUGGAAAUGUAAAAUUAAAACUCAUCAUCAUUUUUUUUCCA